AUGGGAGAAACAUCUAAUAGAUUUGCAUUCCUUUUUGUUAAGUUCUUCACCUUAGCCCUGUUCAUAUGGACAUGGAAAUGCUCCUAUGAGCCUGUCCUCGAUUCAACCACUUUGAAAAAGCUCUCACAAAAUGGAAGCGCACUGAGCGGUCGACCCAGCAGAUUGCUCUCCAAAAAGUCCAGUGCCUCACGCACGGAUGAAUCUAAAAUUAAAAAGUUAAAAGAAAGAGUUAUAAAAAUACUGAGAGAAGAUGAAAGUAGCCUUGGUAAAAUGCUAAACAGCCUAGUGCACGAUGAAGAUUUCCAGAAAGAAUUUAAUGAAUUAUUACGUGACGAGGGAUUCGAAAAACAGUUUAACGAAUUAGUUAGUGACACACAUUCGGAAGGAAACCAAUCCGUUUCUUUACAUUCAUUGGGUACUUGCGAUGGAGGUGAUGUAACUCCUAUCGGUUCAGGUGACCACCCUGAGCCGGCAAAUUCAACAACAGGUAGCCAUGUUCAAGAAACAAAUUUCUCAUUUCAGAGUUAUCAUCGAAAUUUGAAGAAAAGGUUUUUUCCAUCAAAACGUACGACAAAAACUGCGGAAACUGCGGAAACUACGGAAACUACGGAAACUACACAAACUGCACAAACUACACAAACUGCAGAAAUUACACAAACAACAGAAACUGCAGAAAUUACACAAACAACAGAAACUGCAGAAACAACGGAAACUGCAGAAAGCACACAAAAUGCAGAACCUACACAAACCACACGAGCGGUAAUUCAGGAAGCAAACCAAACCGGCAGCGUUGAACAACUUAUAGACGAAAUAAAGAAAGCCAAUAACUUGGAAAAGAUGAUUCAGAUACUGAAGUUCUAUGAAAAUAUCGAAGGUCUUGUAAAGUUAACGGAAAAAACACCAACAACUGAACAAGUGCCCCAAAAUGCGGAUAUCAACGCACAAGGACAAUCCGGGUUGGAAUCCUUAACGCAGGCUGAAAUGGAUCCUCAGAUGCAAGCACAGUUGCAGGAGCAGCAGCAGGAACAGUUGCAAGCACAGGUACAGGCCCGAUUGCAGGCCCAAUUACAGGCACAAUUGCAAACGCAAGCUAAGGGGAGAGCUCUAUUUAGAAAAAAGAAACCCAAAAAAAAAUUGAUGUUGGCGGGUUUAUAUAGAAUAGCCAAAAAGGUAGACAAGAAGUACGAAGACCAUCUGAUGAAAGUGCUGACAACUAAUUAUACCUUUCUAAUUAAAAAUGGAAAAAUGCAUAGGGCACGGUACUACCUCGAUGUUUUGUUAUCCGUUUCGCCACUAAUAUUUUGUGGUAUCCUUUUGUCCUAUUUUAUACAGAGUUUUUCAUGGUUAACUUUCCUUCCUUCCCUCGCAUUCUCUGCCCUUGUCCUUAUUUACUUCCUGUUCAAGUUGUGGAACUGCAAGUGUAUGUGUAGGGGAUCAGGCAGAAUUAAUUUCCACCAAAAGUACAAGGCUGUGGUUGAUGUCUUGAAGAAUUAG